AUGAAAUUAAUGAGAGUUUUUGGAUAUUUAAAUAUCAUCACAAAUUGCGUUAAUGGCAUAUUUUGCAAAUCGGAAAGAAGAAAAUAUAAUGUAUUUACGAAUAGUUUUAUUCAUUCCAUAAGUACAACGAAUCUAUACUCAUUUACGGCAAUGAUGAAUAAGUCACCAGAGUGGAUACAUGAAAAGUGCCCAGAGCACAAGAGCUACAAUAUUGUUGAGAAAAGAUAUAGUGACAAAUUUGAAAUGACUUAUACUGUGUAUGAACAUAAGAAAGCAAAAACACAAGUAAUAGCAUUAGGAUCAAAUGAUCCAUUAGAUUAUGAACAAACAUUUGCUUUCUAUGUGAAAACGUUGACACAUUCAGGUAAGGGAAUUCCACAUAUAUUGGAACACACAGUUUUAUCAGGAUCGAAAAAUUUCAACUAUAAAGAUUCUAUGGGGUUAUUAGAAAAAGGGACAUUAAAUACACACCUAAAUGCAUACACUUUUAAUGAUCGAACUGUAUAUAUGGCUGGUUCUAUGAACAAUCGUGACUUUUUUAACAUCAUGGCUGUUUAUAUGGAUAGUGUGUUUCAGCCCAAUGUAUUAGAAAAUAAAUUUAUUUUUCAAACAGAAGGAUGGACUUAUGAAGUUGAAAAAUUAAAGGAAGAAGAGAAAAAUUCUGAUAUUCCAAAAAUUAAAGAUUACAAAGUUUCUUAUAAUGGGAUUGUUUAUAGUGAAAUGAAAGGAUCUUUUAGUAACCCAUUACAAGAUUUGUAUUACGUAAUAAUGAAGAAUAUAUUUCCUGAUAAUGUACAUUCAAACAUCAGUGGUGGAGAUCCAAAAGAAAUUCCAAAUUUGUCCUAUGAAGAAUUCAAAGAAUUUUAUUACAAGAAUUAUAAUCCCAAAAAAAUAAAAGUAUUCUUUUUUAGCAAAAACAACCCAACUGAAUUGUUAAAUUUUGUGGAUGAUUAUUUGAAUCAGUUAGAUUUUACAAAAUACAGGGAUGAUGCUGUGGAAAAUGUAAAUUACCAAGAAUACAAAAAAGGUCCAUUCUAUGUGAAAAAACAAUUUGCUGAUCAUUCUGAAGAAAAAGAAAAUUUGGUAUCUAUUUCAUGGUUAUUAAAUCCCAAGAAAAAUGAACAUUUGGAUAUAGAUCUAAGUUUAGAAUCUCCUCAAGAAUAUUUUGCCUUGUUGAUAAUAAAUAAUCUCCUUACCCACACAACAGAAAGUGUGUUGUAUAAAGCAUUAAUCGAUUGUGGUUUGGGAAACACUGUCAUAGAUACAGGACUUGAUGAUAGUCUUGUUCAAUUCAUUUUUAGCAUAGGACUAAAAGGAAUAAAAGAAAAAAAUGAAAAAAAUAUAAGUCUUGACAAAGUGCAUUACGAAGUAGAAAAAGUAGUUUUGAAAGCUUUGCAAAAAGUUGUAGAUGAAGGAUUUAACAAAUCUGCUGUUGAAGCUUCAAUAAACAAUAUCGAAUUUGUAUUGAAAGAAACAAAUAUGAAAACAUCUAAAAGUAUAGAUUACGUUUUUGAAAUGGCAUCUAGAUUAAAUUAUAACAGGGAUCCACUUCUUAUUUUUGAAUUUGAAAAACAUUUAAGUGUGGUUAAGGAUAAAAUAAAGAAUGAACCAAAAUAUUUGGAGAAAUUUAUCGAAAAGCACUUUAUUAACAAUAACCAUCGUGCAGUUAUUCUUAUGGAGGGUAAUGAAAAUUAUGGAAAAGAACAAGAUGAUUUAGAAAAAGAAUCAUUAAAAAAAAAAAUUGAAAGCUUGACAGAUAAGGAAAGAGAAAAUAUAAUCCUGGAUUUUGAAAAGCUGACCAAGUACAAAAACACUGUGGAAUCACCUGAACAUUUAGACAAAUUCCCAAUAAUAAACAUAUCCGAUUUAAACAAAGAAACGCUAGAAAUUCCGGUGAAUGCAUAUUUUACCAACACCAAUGUGGAAAAUAAUAUGCAAAAGUAUAAUCAAAUCAAAACGAAUGAAGAUUUGAUGAAGAAAAAUAUGGAUUAUUUGAUCAAAAAGCACAUUUUGAAAAAUUCUGAAUUGGAAUCGGAUGUCCAUAUGAAUAUGAGUAGCGAACUAGAGAAAUAUUCCAACGGAGAUGUACCAAUGCUAAUUUAUGAGAUGCCAACAGGUGGUAUAUUAUAUCUUCAAUUUAUCUUUAGUUUGGAUCAUUUGACGCUAGAAGAGUUAAGUUACUUAAACUUGUUCAAAACGUUGAUUCUUGAAAAUAAGACAUAUAAAAGAUCAUCAGAAGAAUUCGUAAUUUUAAGAGAAAAGAACAUAGGUAAUAUGAUGGCAAAUGUUGCGUUAUACUCAAUUAGUGACCAUUUAAAAGUAACGAAUAAAUAUAAUGCACACGGAUUAUUUAAUUUUGAAAUGCAUAUGCUAAGCCACAAAUGUAAUGAAUCGCUCGAUAUAGCUUUAGAAGCAUUAAAAGAUUCUGACUUUUCGAAUAAGAAAAAAGUAAUAGAAAUUUUAAAAAGAAAAAUCAAUGGAAUGAAAACUGUAUUUAGUUCAAAAGGGUAUUCAUUACUAUUAAAAUAUGUGAAAUCUCAAAUGAAUUCAAGAUACUAUGCACACGAUUUAGUUUUGGGAUAUGGAAAUUACUUGAAGUUACAAGAACAAUUAAAAUUAGCAGAAUCCGAUUUUUCAUCAUUUGAACAGAUCCUAAAUGGAUUAAGAAACAAAAUAUUCUCAAAAAAGAAUUUAUUAAUUAGUGCCACAUCCGAUGCUGCAGCGUUAGACCAACUUUUUGUUAAAUCCAAAGAAUCGUUUAAUAAUAUGCUAUCAUAUUUUGAACAAAAUGAUACACAUAAUAAUGAAACGAAAAAUAUUGGAUGGAAUGAAGAAAUAAAAGAAAGUAAAAUUUUAGAAAAAGAGCAAAAGAAAAAGGAAUUAUUUGUCAUACCAACUUUUGUCAAUGCAGUUUCAAUGGCCGGAAUUUUGUUUAAUGAAAAAGAGUUUCUAGAUCCAGCUUUUAUUGUUAUAGUAGCAGCAUUGAAAAAUUCCUAUCUUUGGGAAACAGUUAGAGGUUUGAAUGGUGCAUAUGGUGUUUUUGCAGAUAUUGAAUAUGAUGGAACUGUAGUAUUUUUAUCUGCCAGAGAUCCCAAUUUAGAAAAAACUUUACAAACAUUUAAAGAAUCUGCACAAGGAUUAAGAAAAAUGGCUGAUACCAUGACAGAAAAUGACUUACGUAGAUAUAUAAUCAAUGCUAUUGGUAAUAUUGAUAAACCUAGAAGAGGUAUAGAACUUAGCAAACUGUCUCUUUUACGAAUUAUUUCAAAUGAAUCAAAGCAAGAUCGAAUUAAUUUUAGAAAAAGAAUUAUGGAUACCAAGAAAGAAGACUUUUACAAAUUUGCUGAUUUACUAGAAAAAAAAAUUAAUGAAUUCGAAAAAAACAUAGUUAUUAUAACUAACAAGGAAAAGGCAAAUGAGUAUUGUACGAAUGUCGAUAAGGAAUUCAAGCAAAUACAUAUAGAGUAA